CAGCUGGACCGGUCGUCGUGGCUGCUGCUGCUGCUGCCUGCGCUGGAAGCGACCCGGUGCGUGGCUGGAUCUUGUUCUCCUCGCUCUCUCGGGACUCCGCGGUCCUGCAAGCGGCAGGGCGGUGCGGAGGGCUUGGAGCUCCUGCCAAGGGGCUGCGCUGCCAGCUCCCACUCGGUGCCCUGCACCGGAGGCUCCCCCCCUACACGCCAUGGACUCGGAUUCCGGGGAGCUGAGCGACGGGGACCUGGUCUCCGCCGUGGGUCCUGAUCACUUUAGUUCCAAGAGUCUUGCUUUACAAGCCCAGAAGAAGAUUUUGAGCAAGAUGGCGAGCAAGACGAUGGCCAACAUGCUGAUUGACGACACCAGCAGCGAAAUUUUCGACGAGUUGUUCAAAGUGACCAUAGAGCACAUGAAAAACAAGAAAGAAGCCCACAAGGUUAUGAAAGACUUGAUCAAAGUCGCCAUCAAGAUCGGGAUUCUCUACCGAAACAACCAGUUCAACGCGGACGAGAUGGAGAUCGUUGAGAAAUUACGCAAGAAGCUGAAUCAGGCGGCCAUGACGUUGGUCAGUUUUUACGAAGUGGAGUUCACCUUUGACAAGAACGUUCUUUCGGGACUGUUGAACGAGUGCAAAGAUCUCGUCCAUGAACUUGUAGAGCGGCACCUGACAGCCAGGUCUCAUGCGCGGAUCAACCACGUUUUCGAUCACUUUGCCGCUGUUGAAUUCCUCACUGCUCUCUACAGCCUGGAUGGAGAAUGCCGUCCACACCUCAAAAAAAUAUGCGAUGGGAUCAACAAACUACUUGACGAGAAGGUCCUCUGAAAUCCGGCUUUCCAAGACUUUUAAAGAACACAUCAAAUUAAGAGAUGCAAACAGAGUUGGGAAAGGAAUACAAAAGCCUGCUGCUUUUUUUUUAAUAAAACACACACACACACCCCCGCCCGACAAAAUAUCUUAGUAACAAAAUACGUUUAUUCUGGAACAUGUCACAUUCCCUUUGUAAGGAAGCGAGAUGUACUUCACCCCACAAAUGAAAAGAAACUUUUUUGCACAGAGAACGGUUUACAAUGCAAAAGAAUUUGUGCGAAUUGGAAUGCAGUGCUGCAAAAUAAACCUGAAGAUCCAUUUUGGAGAGCAAAUAAAACGGCCCACAUUUUCAUUGCAGAAAAAAAAAAAAUUAAUGGAAGAGCGAACGCCAAGCUUUCUUUCAAAAUAAAAACCACAUGAUCCAAAUUGAAAAAAUGAGGAAGAACUCUAGAUGCAAGAAAAUUCAAAGCACAAACAAGGUUGCUUUUAAAAGGGCAUAGUGUUUCCACUGAAAACCAUGGAAAAGUUGGUACGAUUCUCUUAAUGAAGGAUAAUCUCAAGACUCUAAAACAGAGGAGUUAUUAAAGAAAGUUCAUUCCGUAAAGUCCUCACACGUUGCUGCAGUUAGUACCAAAGCGAACGAAAAUUCGGUUCUAGAGCAGAGAAAGUUUGAAACAGACACUGGGCCGCGCAGGCCCUUUCGGAGAUCUUUUCAUGCUCAGCUGCAACAAGGGAUGUUCUGAAAUGGAGCAGACAUUCCAGGUAUGGUGGAUCUCCUUGCAGCCUUCCAUCAUCCCAUCAGUGUUCCAUCAGAAGGACUGUUCGCUUGGAGAGUCACUGGAGAAGAACGGACAAUUGAUGAGUGAUAGACACCUUGGGUGGUAUACAGGAGAAUGAAAGGGAGGCCAGAGAGAACAGCAGAUGGCCAUCUGUGAAAGAAAUGGGCCAAGCCAAACUACAUCCACGCUGUACCAAAAAUAUACUUGGUAAUGCCCAUAUUGACCCAAGGAACCAACACAAGGAUUUUUUUUUUUAGCAUCUCCUUGGAGAUAUACCGUAUUUUUUGGACUAUAAGACACACCUGAAUUUAGAAAAGGAAAACAACAAAAAAAGGUUUUGGCCUAUCAUUUUUUGGCCCUUUUCCAAUCUUUUUUCAGCCGGUUUCCGGGGCUUUUUUCGGCCUGUUUUCAAGGCUUUUUGGCCUGUUUUUGAGGUUUUUUAUGGCCCAUUUUGGGAGCUUUUUCGGGCCAUUUUCGAGGCUUUUUCGGCCCAUUUUUUAUGCUUCUUUCGGUCCAUUUUUUCAAAAAAAAAAAACCGGGCCAAAAAAAGCCUCAAAAAUGGGCUGAAAAAAGCCCCGAACACGGGCUAAAAAAGCCCCGUAAAUGGGCCAAAAAAGCCUCAAAAAUGGGCUGAAAAAAGCCCCAAAACGGGCCAAUAAAGCCACCAACAUGGGCCAAAAAAAGCCUCAAAAACAGGCCAAAAAGCCUUGAAAACAGUGGCCCAAAAUGGGCCACAAAAAGGCCUGAAAAAGGCCCGAAAAAAGGCCUGAAAAAGGCCCGAAAAAAGGACGUGCAGAGGCCAAAAAAUGACUGGCAGGCGGGCCGGUCUUCGGCAAUAUUCAGUCUAUAAGACGCACAGACAUUUUUGCCUUCUUUUGGGAGACAAAAAAAGUGCAUCUCAUAGUCCGAAAAAUACGGUAGUUGCUUAAGUUUGCCUAUUUUUUAUAACCUUCCCCUCCCCAAAAGUAUUAUCAUUCUGGUCGGAUGGCUUAUGUGAUUCACAAUUUCCAUUCAGGAAGCUGACACAACUGUAUAGCAAAAUGUUUAGUCAAGAGCCGAUAGCAAAUUAUUUCACAGCAUCAAAAGAACGGCGGUCCCUUGUUCGAUAGGACAACAUACCUAAGGAUUUUUUUAAUCUUGUUGAUGACUCCCAAAGUCAAUCUAUUUAAGCUCAGUGAGUGGGUCUUGCCUGCAAAUAUGUUGCUAGCAAAAGAAAAUGCAACAGAGAAUUUGCAGAGUAGCCAUGGCGAGUUAAGCCGAGAAGGCCAUGCCACAGGCAAGAGAAUAUACAGUAUUUGCUUGUUUUCUGGUAAAUACUUGUAAUUGCAUGAAAGCAGGUGUGAAUAUUUUAAUUGCAUGAAGUGCAAGUUCGUACAAUUACAUUGUUCAUGACAGCGAAUACUGUAAUUGCAUGAAAAGCAAUCUAUUUUAACUGCUUCAUUUUACAGAAAGUGACUUAACGGGAGUUAAAUCAGGUUGCGUCCCUGUUCUUGGCAAACCAUGUUUUUGCAUAAUGCUUGCUUAAUCAUCUGUGCCAAUGUAGCCAUUAGACCCGACACCGCCCCCCCAGGACAAAAGAUGGCUUAAACACAAUUUAAGAAACCAGAUUGAAAACUGAGUCUAAUUCUGCCUCCUUUCAGAGUUUGUCUUUAUCAAAUAGAAAAUUAGCACCAAAUCUUUUUUGAAUGUACAAGCAUCUUCUCUGGAAACUGUCCGGUUAUUCAUAUCUACUAAAUGUUGAGCAAAACUCUUUUUAAGUUACUCACUUGUGGCCAGACUCAUCCAAUUACUUUCAGGCAGGCAGGCGUGUUACCUCUUGCACAUAUUGGUGUUCAGACUUGGGACUAUUUUUUUAAGGAGUUAAAUGUCUUGCCAUUUAUAUUUAUAUGAGACUUGAGUAGCCUUAAACAUACGGAGUAUUUAUGUAUUUCCCAGACUGGUUCUACACUGUAUGUUCAAUGUGUUUACUUUUAUAUUGGGGUGGGGUUACCAUGUAAAACCAUUGGUUCCACACUAUCUAUGGUGUUUGAGUCAGACAUAAGUGUUUCCUUACCAUAAAUUAUACAUUAAAUGAUUUGUGAUGAAAAGGUU